CUUUUGCUUAACGUAAUGAAAAGGUCUAGCUAAUAAGCAGAACAUAGUAACAUAGUUGAACGCCGAAGUUACACGUCGGCUGUAGGGAAGAAUGCAUAUGCUUGCCAAACCCGGUUCUAGCCUGGCAGUUAGCAAAGGCUGCUGUCAACAACAGAAGCAAGUUACUUGUCCAGUAGGGCAUUGUACAGCUGCCUCAGCUCCGUCCGCUCGGCCGGAUGCUUCUCAUCCGGCACUUUGCGCGUCCCAGCUACACUCUAGCCAACCAUGUACAUCAAGACAAUCGGUUGUAGCUAAUGCUCUUCCAUCAUCCUUGACUGCGCCCUGCCAAAUGGUAUCAGCGGCGGUCCGGUUCUACCACCUGUGCGAAACGAACGAUUUCCAUGACGUGGCAGGGAUCGUAACACCAGACGUUACGUGGAGGCAACGCGGCCUGCUCCAGGGGAAGCGGACGUACACAGGCGCGGAGGCGGUGCACACCGCACUCCUAAACAUGCAUGCAGCUUACCAGGAUUUGACGUACACCGUCAACACCUAUGCGGAGGAGGAGGGCCGCGUUGCCCUCUUCUGGACGGCCACGGGAACCAAUCGCAUGGGCCUGUUUGGCAUGUCGCCCAGUUUCAAGCGCAGCACCUUUUCAGGUGUCAGCCUGGUGCAGCUCCACACGGACGGCCGCAUCCGCGAGGUGAUCGAGUACCGGCAGCCGACGCACGAAGAGAUGGCCGCCUUCCUUCGCCAGGACCUGCCCGACCAGCAGCAUGGGGCUGUGGACCGGCUGCUGGCGCGGGGCCACGCGGCGCCCGCCUCCAGCGGCGGCAGCUACUGCCAGCUGCCCGUCACGCGGUCCAUCGACCCCAUGUGGCGCGUGCGGGCGAUGCAGGUCGCCACGGAGUGGGUGGAGAACUGGACGCCGGGGCCUGAUCUGGAGGAGAUGGUGCGGGACGACAUUGAGGAGUACAACAUCUACAGCUGGCCGGAUUUUGAUCAGGACGUGAAGGGCCGCGACGCCCUGGAGGAGCGCCGCAGCAGGAGCUCCCAGGACGCGGUGGUCAUCCGGGAGACCGUCGCUGACUCCACAACCAACGUCGUCGUCGUGCACUGGUUCGACUUUGAGCAGGCGCCUGCCUCCGCCGCUCGCGCCUCCGCCAGCAGCGCCGCGGCCUCCACCGCCGAACCUGCCAAGGAGUUCGCUGCCAUGACGGCGCCUCCGAAGGUCACGCCGCCCAAGCAGCAAGCGGCCCGAACCCCCAGCAGCGUGGAAGUGAAGAACGGCCAGUUGCGGGUGCACCUGUCGCAACCGCCCGCGCGUCGGUCGGCGUUGGGCAGUGAAGACGACAUUGGCGGAGAGGUGUUCAGCAGCCCUAGCAGCCGGCUGCACAAGGUUCGGGGCGUCACGCUGUUCAGGCUCGACGACGACUGCAAGCUGGCCUGGAUGGUCACCUUCCGCGAGCUCAAGUGCAAGGAGCUGGACACCUACCUGGUGGACGGGCAGUCGGCGGCCGCCACGGCCGUCCCCCCAGCCUCGCGGUAGCUUGGCUUCUUCGGCAAGAGGACGCAGCAGGCUGUGCAUCUGGCAGGCAGGAUGAGAUACACCAGGCAGCAGCAGGCGGCUCGCAUGUGUGGGGAGCGAGGGGCAUGCGACCGGAGCCGGCAUUCCAGGCUGUAAGAUGCGUGGCCGGCGGGGGGCUCCUUUGUUCCUUAGGGUAUUGGCUUGGUAUGAGGGGUUGAUGGUCGACGUCCUCUUCUGUGUGCGUUUGCUUUUGGAGGACAUUAGCAUGAUGAUGGGUGACGCAGCAGACACGGG